AGCAGAAUCCCGCUGCCGCUGUGGAGUGUUCAGGAAUCUUUUGAACUCAUGGCUCCAGAGACAUGAGGGACGCUGUCUAACCCGUCGAGGCGUUGCUUUACCCGGGUCGCCAUGGCUUCUUUAACUGUCAGCUUGGCGGCUCAGAACAUUCAGGGGCAUCGCAAGUCCUUCUCUCUGCUCUUCUAUCGGGCUGUGCGGGACCUGAAACCGGUCUGGAUGCUGGAGGACAUGCGGACGAUGGAGACUUUUUAUCAGGAAGACGACGCCAGCCAAAGGAUUUAUACCCCGUCGGAGGCGUUGCUCUACGCUGUAGUCCAUGACCACCAGGCGUACGCCCAGUACCUGCUCAACCGCUACACCGAGGAAGCGCUAGCAAAGCCCGGGGAGCGCUUCUGCUGCUGCCCGUCCUCCGCCCCACACCUGACCAUGGCUGUCCGCUACGACAGGCGCUACAUUCUUGGCCUUAUCUUACAGGGGAUCCACCGGAUACCCAGCGGGGCCUCUUACACGGACCGAGCUGGGUGUUUUCACUUGGAGGACGGGAGAACCCCUUUACAUCUGGCCUGCGAGCUCAUGCGGCCCGAGGCGGUCAUCAUGCUGUUGGGGAACGGAGCGUCCCCGCACGCCCUGGACCACAGCGGCUUGACGCCGCUGGAUGUCAUUCUGGAAAAACUCAGGGACUCUAAUGAGGUGAACGUCGGGGGGAGAAGGCAGUGUCUGGACAACCUGCUCAUGUUCAUGCCAAAGGUCCACUUUAAGAUGAAGGGGGCUCUGAGCAGAGAGCCCGAGCGCUGGAGCGAACUGCUGGGGGAGGAGACGUACAAGUACCUGGCCGAAAGAAGCCCGGCGCCGCUGCUCCUUGCUGCUAUGCAGACUAUCCUGAGGCAGCUGAGCCCUGCGACCUUCCCGGACAGCCUGCAUGAGCUGCCCAUCCCCUCCUCCCUUAAACCAUCCGGUCUGCCCGUGACACAGCGGGACAGGCAGAGGGUUUAGCAUUAGUGUGACAUGACAUGAAGCAUGCUCCAGUAUGAACACUGUU